AUGAGUGAACCAUUAUUUUCUUAUCGAAAACAAAAGGAUGAAUGCUUCGUCGGUGAAUUGCCUGAUGUCGCUAUAUAUUAUCCGAAAUUUUCCGGCUUAAUUUCGCCAUCGUAUGAUGAUCUUCUCAAUUGCGAUAGUACAAGCCGUAAUUGCUUGCGCAGAAUGGAAGCAUCAUUCGACUCUGAUAAUUAUCAUCCAACCGAUUUUGAAAUAAGGAUUGGAAAUCAUUUUUCCUACGAUUUACCAACAACGAAGGCCAUCUCUACUCCAGAUUCAACUAUUAUCACGCAGCUGGACUGCAAUCCAUCGGAUUAUUCGAGUCGACCGAGUGAACUCGACGAAACAGCACGAAUGUCACGUUACAACAAUUUAAAUGCACCAGCAACCGGCACAUAUCAAAAACAACUACGUGGUUUGGCACCAAAUGGAACAUUAAUGUUUUCCGAUUAA